GCGUCAUGUUUCUAAGCGAAAUUGAAGUUUCUUCGAGAUGAAAGACAUGGGUUAUAUCGUUGUUAUCUACGGACUUGUGUGGUUAUAUAACUUCAUUAAUGUCAACUGAUACCUUGUGACUUAAUACAUCAUGUCGUCAAAUUCAAGAAACCCGAAGGACAUCAGAUCCGUUGUAGAGGACAGUGAUAAGGACAUGUCUGAUAUGCAGAAUAACCUGUCCAAACUUAAGGGAUUAUCGGCUGAUGAUAAGACAGAAAAGGCCAUGCUUCGCUCUCGUAUUGACGAACAGUCUCAGUUGAUCAUGAUUCUGAAACAGCGUUCAGACGAAGUCGCAUCCAAAACUAAAUCUGUGGACAGAAUCAAUGAGGAACUUAUCAGCUUCCGGGAUUCAUCUAAAGGGAUGUUGGACGGAGAGAUCAGGAAAUACAAUAUACUCAAUGCUAGGUUUGACGACCUGGCGUCCAAUCAUCAAGAAAUGAUUAAGAUUAAAGACGAAUACAAAAGAGCAAAUAGAGACCUGCGAGAGGAAAAUUCUCGUUUAAGAGAUGAAAAUGCUCGUAUAUUUUCUGGUGCUAUUGCUGAAAAGGAAGAACAGAUAAGUGAACUAGAGAAAAAACUUGGAGGUCUCAAGGAACAGUGCAACACCCUGGAACAUCGCAACAGACACAUCACACAGGAGUUCCGAAUGAAGGAGGAGGCUCUACAGGGGGACAUCAGGACCCUCCAGGAACAAUACAAGAAGGAUGUCAAGUCUCUACAGGCCAAGCUACAGGAGGCUGAGGAGAGGUUAAAAAGUGCGAACUACAAGCUACAGAAUCAGGCUGACUCUAAGAAAAGCAUUGAUGCUGAGACUCAGCUGAAGAUUCAGCAGCUGACCAAGGAAAAGGAUGAACUACUCGACCUAGCUAUGCAGCGAGGCAAAAUUGUACAUAAAGAGCAGACAGAGAAUAAGAAGCUACAACAGAGGAUUGGUGAAAUGGAAAAAGCUGUGAGGAACAUGGAAGAAAAAUUUGAGCGAGAGGCAGCUGCAGUGAACUCUAACCUCCAGGUGAGGCGUCUCCGGGAAGACCUAGAGGACUCUUCAGUGAGGAACAAGGAGAGACAGAGUGAAUUCGAGGCCUAUAAGAAGCAUACCAAUGCCUUGCUACAGAGAGAACGAGACAUCAACGAAAAGCUGCGAAACCUAACAGGAUGACGAUGAUCAAGGGGCAGACAACUCUUAUAACAUAAUACCAAAUAUUCCAGGAGGACAACCCUCGUUUGUAAUGAUUCGUAGCAUUGGAAGAGAUCACACCAUUGAAUUGUACUUAUUAUAGAUAGUUAAGGAGAGUAUAAGAACUUUGAUUAUAGCUUGUACAUGUACUGUGUAAACUCAUACACAGGUGUUUUUCCGCUCCAAGUUUCAUCACGUCUAGCCUAAUUUCAUAACACAUUCACAGUAUUAUUUGAACUUCAAGAAAUACAACACUACAAAAUACCUGUUAUUGAGUGGGGAAUAUCAGUACAUAUACUAUAGUUUUCUA